AUGAAGGAUGAUAGAUUAUCAAAGAAGAGAAAAGAUCCUUUCCAAGGUAUGGAGAGCAUGGAUAGAACGAGAAAGCCUGUCUCAGUCUUUGGAGAGAACAACUCAAAAGUAUCAAUGCCAUGCACGAGGAAGGUGAAAGAGCAAGCAACAACACUAGUUGUAAGAAGCAGAAACCGAAUUAUAACCAUUAUGCAAAUGGUUCAGGGUUUUGGGACUGUGAGAUGGAAGGUGUUGACUCCGAAGAAGUGGGACAUAGUGAAGUCUGGGAAGGAGUUGGUUCCACCACAUUCGGGGAUAUAG